AUGGCUGAAAUUUUCGAUAAAAAUGACACUGCCAAGCGUAUGAUUAAUAGGAGGGGGGGGAGGGAGUUGACACAAGUUAUCGCGUGCACUGAUAAAGAUAGUGAUUGUUUCACAGAGCUUCUACCGAAGUGCAUUACAAUGGCAGUGUGGACAAGCUAUGUUCAUGAUUGGGGGACUUUCACUGACCAAGCUUCUGAGCAAUACAUGAUUAGACCGUUGAUGGAAAAGGACAUCAAAGCCGCUUUUACAGUCAUUGCUGCCGUUAUUUUGGACGAUAAUAUUUUCAAUGUAUUGGAUUUCAGAUCGGAUAAAGUUUCAAUCGAAUCUCUGCUAUCGUUUGUAAAAGAACAUUUGAAGCCAAAUCUGACGUUUGGCUGCUUCAAAAAAGACGCGAACGAACUAAUUGGAGUUGAUGUGAUUUAUAUACGGAACAUAAACGAUAAUGACAUCAAGUACGGCCCUGAGUACGGGGAAACGUUCUGUAAAUACAUGAAGUACCUGAAGUUUGUCGAGAGACGGCUACGAUACAAUGUUGCUGCGAAAUACGUAAAAUACCUCACUUCACUUGGAUUGUUCAUAUUGCCAGAAUAUCGGGAGACUGAUAUUGAAAAAUACAUGCUGCGUAUUCGAAAAAAAGUUGCUUCACAUCGUGGUAUCGUGGUAAACGGAGCUGCUCUGAUAGGGAGGAAAAUUAAAAAAAAUGCCAAGGAAUUGAAGUACAAAGUAUUUGAAGAAAUCAGAGAAGUUAAUGUGGAGGGUACAGACUUGGAGUACCUCAGGGGAGCUGCUGUGUUUCCUAUUACAAUAGUUGCAAUGACAAAAUUUGGUACGAAACCGAAAUCUAAAACUGUUCCUUCGAAAAGAGCAAAGCGAUCAUCAUCAUCAUCAUCAUCAUCAUAA